UUGAAAGCAUUGUGUUUAGUAUAUUUCACUUGUAAUCGCUCGAACUGAUAAGAAAAUGAUAUUAACGAAAUACGAUUUGCACGCGUUCAAGGAAGGAGAAUGUGAUACUAUCAUUUUAAGAAACUCCGACUUAAAGCAAAGUGAUGUUAAUAUAAUCGCUAAAAAAUUUUCGCGUUUAGCUUAUUUGGAUUUAUCUGACAACGGGGAAAUUGAUUCCGUUAAACUUAUUGACCCGGUAACAUUGUACCUUAGAAAUUGUACAAUUAUGCGCGAUAUAUACUGCCCGUAUGGCCGUAGAUAUCUGAAAACCCUAGACAUUGCCGGCUGUUCAAUUAAUCUUGAAGAACACCUCAUUAAACGUGCAUACCCAAGGCUAGAAAACUUGACUCUCAGCUGGAAGCCACGCAUUAAAUGGCACAGUGUACUUCGGAAAUUGGGAAGAUUACGGCGAUUGACUAUAGAAAGUGUUUGCACCCAUACCCAUAACCGCAUAUGCCCGCGUCUCUGCCGACAGGGUUGGACAAGUUUCGUAAUAGCACUUAUGAUGAGCGAAAAAAUAAAGACGAUUAAUUUCGGCGGACGUCUCGGCGAUGAAAACUUUGCUAAAUUAAAAAUGCUGCCGGACAGGGAGCUUGGAUUUCGUAUUUGGAACGGUGCUGCUAACUGCUUAUCCAAUUUAUAUACUCUAGAAAACUUAUACACACUCUAUCUGGAGCAUACGCAUAACGUAACGAAUGCAGAUUUGCUGGAACUGAUUACGAAUUGUCCAAACUUGAGGAAAAUCACACUUGAUCAUUGUGAUGGUGUGUCGAAUGAUUUCCUUUUCAGAGCAGCUGAGUUUUUGAAGGAACGCGAUAAGGACGAACCACUUAAACCCCGAUUGAAUUUGGAGUUGUGCGGCUGCGAUAACAUUACAGAAAAUAUACGAGAGGAUCCUCAAUAUGCCCGAGCAGAGUCCGCUAUGAGUUUAAUUUUAUUCUUCGACUGCAAACAUCCAACGAGUGACUACCGAAAUGACCUCAUCAUUCCCUACCCGGCACCAAAUGUACAACUAAGCAUUUACAUACUUUUCGAAAUCUUUGGAAGGCUUGAACGACCCCUACACAUGCAGCCGUUUGCAUCUGUUUGCAUCGAUUUUGAAAACGUUGCCAUCGAAGAAGAGCGACAUUUAAAAAUUGUUCAAUUCUUUAAAGCGAAAAUUGUGGACAAUAACAUGUACGAUACCUACCUGCAAAUCAUAGCUGAGGAUAAGAACUUUUUCGAAAAUCGUCAACCACCCAUUGCUAUGCAAUUGAAGUUAAAAUGUAAGGUGGUUGAGCUUGAAACAAUAUUUGAUGAUUUUCCCAAGAUUGAGCGAGUACAAUUGCUACAUUGUGUUAUUGAUGAGAAUAAGUUGCCCAAAAACAAGGAAAUCUCCAGCGUAAAGAAUUUAGAAAUAGUGGACGCAAACCCACUUUAUUUGUGGACAAAAUUGGUGGAGUACUUUCCGAAUAUCAACGAAAUAAAGUUGAAAAUCGCAUCAUUGAAUGAAGUAUUGAGUACUAAUUUGCUGAAUGAAGAGCCCAAAUUAAAGGGCGUUACAGCACUGGAUAACAUCACGCGCCUAACUAUCUCUGUUGGUAUCAAGGACGAUUAUGUAAAAUUAUUGGCGGAUCUACCGAAUUUGAAAAUAUUCUCUGUCCAAGAUAACGACCAAAUUACAGGCAAAUACAUUUCCGAACUGAAUAGAGUAGAGGAGCUGCAGCUAUAUCUUUGCGAAAAUUUAAACAAAUAUUAUUUGUCUGAUAUAUUAAGUUGCCUAGCCUUAAAAUCACUUGAUAUCAGAAAAUGUUUUUAUACAUCCGAAGAACAUUUAUCGUCGGUACACCUUACGAAUGAGAUGUAUUUAAAUUGCGAAACGCUCAGCAAAAUCAAAGUUGACUGGCAAAAUGAGGAAACAAUUAUGCUAAUACAAAUUAUUAGCACAUUAGUGGACCUUGAAGUGAGCGAUUUCAUGUAUUCUACAAUCAGCAGUGAUCAAACCGAUUUCGCAGAGCGAUUUUUUAUGACACUUGCCCAGCGUACAAAUAUUAAAAAGCUUACACUCGAAACUGGUGUGCUAAUUAGGCAUCUUAAUUAUUUGGCGCUUUUGCAACACCUAACACAUCUGCGCGUACGAUAUAGUCGUAAUUUUGUAGUGACACAGAACUUUUAUGAGACUAUUGGAAAACUAGUUAAUUUGGAAUAUUUGUAUUUGGAAAACUGUGAAGGUUUGUUACAUAUUGUAGAGAAAUGCACAAAUCUCAAAGAGGUGAGACUGAUUAAGAUAGAUGAUUUCUCUACCACUUUUAUUCGUGAUCUUGUCAAAGUGUUGAGGCAAGCACGCACCAAGGAGCAGCUUCCAUUAAAAUUAUAUAUCCUCAAUAAGAACAAACUUCCGGCUUUCAUGUACAGCGAGCUCAAAGGUGAUUACUCGCAGGAAACAAUUGUUCUUGGACAAGAGUAUGGUUUCGACGAACGAUCUACAGAAAGUAAUGAUGCUGAUGGUAUCGCUGAUAUUAAAGAUUACAUACAAAUUGUCAAUGUGAAAUUUGAAGGCGACCGGGCAAAUUCAUCAUUCGAUUACGAGGAAUUCAUGGAUGAAAUGACCACUUUUGAUUGAAACAUGUUAUUCGUUGAAGAAAACAAGCGAUCGCGAAAUGAAAAAGUGAAUCUAAAUAUUUUUGUAUAGUUUAAAGACUAGUUACCUACAUUGUAUAUAUACAUAUUUUUUAUGGGACAAUUCACGUCAAAUGACCCAAGCGCGCUGAGUGGUGCAAAACAAGAAUGGGAAAAAAUAUUUGAAAACUAUAAUUUUUUAUAUAUAAUGUACUGGUUCCCAUUUUUAUGGCGAAGAGUCGGAACGAUUUUUUUUUUAUUAUUCUCAAUAACGGUCU